CUCCCUCAUCUCUGCACAUCCUCCCCUGCACCCACUCUCAACACACAAUCUCCCUGCACUCUCCACGCUCCCUCCCUGCACACUCCACACACUCUCACUGCACUUUCCCUCACCUCCACACACGUACACCCACACACUCAAACUACAUACACUCACACUGCCUACACACACACACUCUAGCUACACACACACACUCUGCCUACACACACACACACACACUGCCUACACACACACACUCUAGCUACACACACACUCUCUGCCUACACACACACACACACUGCCUACACACACACUGCCUACACACACACACUCUAGCUACACACACACUCUCUGCCUACAUACACACUCUCUGCCUACACACACACACUGCCUACACACACACACACUGCCUACACACACACACUCUAGCUACACACACACACUCUCUGCCUACACACACACACACUGCCUACACACACACACUGCCUACACACACACACUCUAGCUACACACACACUCUCUGCCUACACACACACACUGCCUACACACACACACACUGCCUACACACACACACUCUAGCUACACACACACACUGCCUACACACACACACUCUAGCUACACACACACACUCUAGCUACACACUAGCUACACACACACACUGCCUACACACACACUCUCUAGCUACACACACUCUAGCUACACACUAGCUACACACACACUGCCUACACACACACUCUCUAGCUACACACACACACUCUAGCUACACACUAGCUACACACACACACUGCCUACACACACACUCUCUAGCUACACAAACACAGUCUAGCUACACACACUCACACUGCCUACACACACACUCUAGCUACACACACACACUCUAGCUACACACACACUUUAGCUACACACACUCACACUGCCUACACACACACUCUAGCUACACACACUCUAGCUACACACACUCACACUGCCUACACACACACACUCUAGCUACACACACACACUCUAGCUACACACACACACUGCCUACACACACACACUCUGCCUACACACACACUCUAGCUACACACACUCUAGCUACACACACACUCUGCCUACACACACACUCUAGCUACACACACUCUAGCUACACACACACUCUGCCUACACACACACUCUAGCUACACACACUCUGCCUACACAAUCUCCUCUCCCUGGACACUCCCCUCGCUGUUAUACCACCUCCAUCCACGCAGUCUCCGCCCUUUGACCCCCGUGUCUCUCUCUCUCUCUCCCGUCUCUCCCCUCUCUCCUCACGGCUGCCUCGUCCACUGCCUCCUCCUCAUCCUCACUCUCGUGGCCGCCUUCAGCAUGAGUGGGAGCGCUGGUGCAGAGAAGAAGGCGGUGGCUGCUGCUGCUGCUGAUGAUGGUGCUGAUGUUGAUGCCCGUGUAGCCGCUGUUGCUGUUGGCGGCGGUGCUGCUGCUGUUGUUGUUGCUGCUGAUGAUGGUGUUCAUGAUGCUGAUGGUGUUGAUGGUGAUGAUGGUGGAGACCGUGUGUGGGAGCCUCCACCCAGAGUUCGGGAAGGAGCUCACAUCCCGGACAUGAAAAGCUACCAGGAGACGUACAGACGUUCCGUGACACAGCCUCAGGAGUACUGGGCGGAGGUGGCGAAGGACUUCCACUGGGAGACCCUGCCGACGGGCCCCAGCCUUGAGUACAACUUCGACCCUGGGCAGGGCCCCGUGUCCAUCAAGUGGAUGAAGGGGGCCACCACCAACGCCUGCUACAACGUGCUCGACCUGAACGUCCACCGGCACAAACUCGGCGACAAGGUCGCCUUCUACUGGGAGGGCAAUGAACCGGGGGACUGCAGCCAGAUCACCUACAAGGAGCUGCUGGACCAGGUGUGCAAGUGCUCCAAUGUGCUGCUGUCACACGGCGUGGGCAAGGGCGACCGCGUCGCCAUCUACAUGCCCAUGAUCACGGAGCUCGUGGUGGCGAUGCUGGCCUGCGCUCGCAUCGGAGCCGUGCACUCGAUCGUGUUCGCAGGUUUCUCCUCCGACUCGCUGAGCGAGCGCAUCCUGGACUCCAAGUGCUGCAUGCUGAUCACAGCCGACGGAUUUUACCGAGGGCAGAAGCUCGUCAACCUCAAGGAGAUCGCCAACGAGGCCCUGCAGAAGUGCAUCGACAGGGGCCGCCAUGUGGUGGAGCGGUGCAUUGUGGUCCGGCACUUGGGCUGCGACUCGGAGAACGGAAAGGAGGAGAGCGUGGGGGCGCAGCCGAGCGGGGGAGGGGGGAAGGAGACGAAGGGGAAGUGCAAGGCAGGGUCGCACUCCCCACAACCCAAGCGCCCUUGUCCCGGCCUCCAGCAGGUCUCGCCCGCCCAGUCGGAUUCGAAGAAUACCCCGCGCGGCCGACAUUGUGUCCGUCAACAGACCCCGUGGCAGGCGGGCCGUGACGUGUGGUGGCACGUAGAGAUGGCGGUGGCAUCCACCGACUGCCCCCCAGUGUGGUGCGACGCUGAGGACCCUCUCUUCAUCCUCUACACGAGCGGCUCCACCGGCAAACCCAAGGGCGUGCUGCACACGGUGGGGGGAUACGUGGUGUACGCUGCACACACGCACAAGCUGGUGUUCGACCUCCGCCCCGACGACGUGUACUGGUGCACGGCCGACAUCGGCUGGAUCACCGGCCACUCCUACAUCACCUACGGCCCGCUCGCCAACGGAGCCACCAGCAUCCUGUUCGAGGGCUUACCCACCUACCCGGACCAGAGCCGCUGCUGGCAGGUGGUGGAGAAGUAUGGCGUGACCAAGUUCUACACCGCGCCGACGGCGAUCCGCCUGCUCAUGAAGUACAAAGACGAGGACGUCUUCAAACACAACGUGUCGUCGCUGAAGGUGCUGGGCACCGUCGGCGAGCCCAUCAACCCAGAGGCCUGGCGCUGGUACCACCGCGUCGUGGGCGGGGGACACUGCCCCAUCGUGGACACGUUCUGGCAGACGGAGACGGGUGGCCACGUCCUCACUCCUCUGCCAGGAGCCACUCCCCUCAAGCCUGGCUCAGCCACCCUGCCGUUUUUUGGUGUUGUCCCGGCUAUCUUGAACGAGCACGGAGAGGAGUUACACGGGGAGGCGGAGGGAUACCUGGUGUUCAAGCAGCCGUGGCCGGGCAUGAUGCGCUCCGUGUACGGAGACCACCAGCGCUUCGAGGCCACCUACUUCCAGAAGUUCCCGGGGUUCUACGUCACGGGCGACGGCUGCAGGCGCGACAAGGACGGCUACUACUGGAUCACAGGCCGCAUCGACGACAUGCUCAACGUGUCCGGCCACCUGCUGAGCACGGCGGAGGUGGAGUCGGCGCUGGUGUCCCACGCCAGCGUGGCCGAGGCGGCCGUGGUGAGCGCGCCGCACCCCGUCAAAGGCGAGAGCCUCUACUGCUUCGUGUCGCUCAAGGAGGGGCAGCAGUUCAGCGGGGACCUCGUCAAGGAGCUCAAGCAGCAGGUCCGAGAAAAAAUUGGGCCCAUCGCUACCCCGGACUACAUCCAGAAUGCACCUGGACUCCCAAAGACCCGAUCAGGCAAAAUCAUGCGGCGGAUCCUGCGCAAGAUCGCGCGCAACGACACCAAGUUUGACGACACGUCGACGCUGGCCGACCCGGCCGUCAUCGACUCGUUGCUCGCACUCCGAUGCGCCGUCGUGCAAUGAGCGACGCCCGGCGCAUCACGCCGCGUCACGCCGCACGCCCACACGGCGCCACGGUCUCACCGGGCACACGCGGUCGCACCGAGGGCGCUGCCGAAAGGACACGCGGCAACCCAACAGCAAACACAACAAACGAACACGACAACGACAAGACGGUCUCGGUCAAAGAAAAGUUUGUGGUGUGGUCCCAACCGCCGCACCUUUGGUGGAUUUACAGGCCCAGGAGAUGUGUGAAGUGUCAACAUCCCACUCGUAAUUAUGAUUUUAUUGCACGGGCAUCGGUAGCCAAUGAUCACACGUGGGUUGCGCGUGUCCCAGCAAUGCGGCCUUGUGGUUUCCUAUUCCGUGCUGUACAGAGCUACUGCCUAUGCAGGCAGUGUGGUAGCCAAUCACAAAUGAUCUCAUACACUCCCUCAAGAGGUAUCGGUAUCCAAUCACGAUGUUGUUUCAAUAGAAUGUUGACGAUGCACUCCUUCGUGUGAUUGGAUGAAUAGUCGCGUUGUAGGGGGUUACAGUCGAACGUUCAAAUUAUUUUGUUUUUAAGACGUCGUAGUAUCGAGCGGAAGCAGGGAUCACGUUGAACCCACUGCACACGACUCCCACAAACGGGCAGUGUGAUUGCUUUGCGCACCGUUUCAGCGCGCGUGUCAUGAAUAUUGGCGUAGAUUGAAAUCGAUUCGGCAGCAUGGCUCGUCAACGGCUACGCCCGUGACAUUACGUUCAAAUUCAUGCGCAAUUGAAUUUCAUCAACGAGACCGUACGAUGUCGCAUGCCAGAAGGUCGCACAUCCGUCCUGACCAGUUAACCGGCCACACCCCGUGGCAGCAUUGGUUGCACGAUUGUACAACUGGAAUUUUCCAUUGAUGUUCACGAAUCCGGCCCUGUUGCAUACGGUCACGUGUGAUUAACCGUCAUGUCCCCCCCUCUAUGUUUAAAGGCAGCUUGCUAAUUAUUUGUGUCCGACAAACCUAACGAAGCACGUUAUCGACGCCAUUUUCUCUAGGUGUUCACGUAUCAGGCUUUUUCAGAAUCUGAAUCUUUAUUUAACCUGAAGGAAUCCAAUGAGCUAUGGAACUCCAUUUCAGUAAGUUAAAACAGAAAACAAUAAAAACAAACAUACGAGUCCAAAGUAGAGAAAAGGUGAGCAAGUCACUUAAAAUAUCACCAACAGUUUGAGUCAUCGGCGAGUGGGGGACGCACCAUUGUCCCCUGCCUCUCAAUUCGGAAUUUCGCUCCUCCAAUAAUUCUGCUUCGUUCCGACAAGAAUGUGGUCUCGCCUCCACCCUGUUAGAUUGCCGCUGGCCGUGACCGCUCUGGUGUGGCGCGUGUCCGCGGAAUGGGGGAGGAGGGCCGAUUGCCGAGACCAGCAUUGGAGCGGUCUCCACGAGGCCUGAGACCAGGGGGAUGAGAAGACCCAAGCGCAUAUGACUGCUAGGGUAGAUGUUUGAGACUAUGGGUCUCUGUGUGAGUCUGUGGGUCUCUGUGGGUUUCCGUGUGAGUCUUAAGAUCAGAUUUUGGUGGUGGAGACUGUCGGGGCAGAUCAGUGCAGCAGCUGCGGGAUCUCGUGGGGGGUAGAAAGUGCUGGCAGCGAGGAGGCAGAGGACGUGGGAUGAACAGCGCUGGGCACGAUGACGUCUCGACCUUGUGAUAUCACCUCUAGAGCUCCGCAGCUUUAGGGACAUCACUGAAUUUAAUGUUGUCUCAUAUGUGAAAUUGUCAGCCCGGCAAACCCCCGUCAAGUGUGUGUGUACGAAAUAAGAGAUGAUUGUUCAUGUGAGCUACAUCGGCCUUUACCCAAAGCUUACACCCACGGUUGAAUCAUUUCAGCAAGCUGGAACAAUCUCUCUGCACCCGGCACACCGCAUCCAGUUUACCUCUCAAUCUGAGCCAUGUCUACUGGUCACGUGCCCCCCUCUUACUGCAGCCCACCAGCUACCUGGAAAAUAUUCCAGUGUACCUUUCGCUAAAGGCCCAUGGCCACGGGCUGCGCGCCAUCUACUCCACUUUACCAACGGCACGGAGAGUCGCAAGAGAUGACGCCGUGGGGUCACGUGACCCGUUCACCCGCUCUGUAAGUUGGCCGAACUGUCACGGUGGUGCGUGUGGGGCCUACACUAAUGGCUGCACGGUCAUGGUCUGCCAGUCACGGAUGAUCACACUCGUGGGCAGCCCUUUCCUGUGGAAGGGGUUGAAGUGACACUCGCACAACGCUCGCCUGACACCGCUCGCCUCGCCCUCGCCACUCAUCAGUGGCUUGGCUCUCCUGACACACAACCGGUGUUGCUGUACUAGUGACGAAUUGGCCACGUUCUGUUUACGUGACAACCCUGACUAUUUGGCUGUGGCGGCGGGUUUUAACGGACGCAUUUACGCGAUCUAACCCAAAAAAAACCUCAUUAAUGGAUCACCAGUGAUCGUUUCACCUGGCACCGGUGAAUCUACUCGCCUCAGCACUCGCCUGUGUAUACAAUAAUACGUUUUAAGCCUUGGAAAUUAGUGGGGGGGGGGGGGGUGCUGUUUGUCAGAGAAUGUUUAAUUUUGGGGUUGUGUUGAAAUGUGUUUCCCCAAAUGUCUGUGUGGGUUUAUUUUACACUGUGAUUGGCCCUCUCAUUAAUAUUAUUGUUAGUAGUAUGUCUGUUAGCGAUAAAUGACGUCUGAAUGUGUUACGAACUUUGUGUGUAGUUAAGUAGUGCACACGGAGGGAUGGCUGUCCCAUCCGGAUGUGAAUUUUAAUUGGGAACUCCCUUUUAUCUGAAACUCCACGUUAUCCGGAACUCCGCUUGUAUGCUGGGGUAAUAUCCCCAGCUAUUAUCGGGAAUUCCGCAUAAUCUGGAGUGAAUUUCUAUCAACAGUACCUCUUCAUAUGGAAUGUCACUCCGUUAAGAAUUCUUCAUACUGUGUCGCUUUCUGAUGGCCAUGCUGCAGACAUCAGCAAAAGGGCAUCUGGGCAUGUUGGUGCGUUAUAGAUAUAAUAUUGUGUGUCUAGCAAGGGAGACCUCAGAAUUAUGGCCAUGUGUCUCAAAGAAAUCUUGUUUGUUAUAUUGUACCGUAAGCUACAUAUAGAAAGCUGUCGCCUACACAUUACACUGGUCAACACACUUUUUCUGGCAUAAGGUAUCCCAACGGUUUUAAGGUAAUUUUGGGGUGCUGAUUCCAAAUCUGGCAUCAAUUUUUGUCUAUCACAUCAGGUUUUUGAGAUAUCAAAUAUUGCAUUUUCAAUAAAAAACUGCAGAAGAAAAAUAUUAAAUAAAUGUGGAUAUCUACUUAAAAAUAUAUUAUAAACACACUAUCCUAAAAAUACAGCACCGUAUUUUAACACUAAAGCAGUCACUGACUCGCAACAACUUGCAAUCAUAAGUGACAGAGUUAAUUUCGGGUAAAAUCGAUGAAAAUGGGGUAUGCCGAUAGCAUAAAAAUGAGAUGUGAUGGAGCAAGUCUGAGAUCAGAUUUGGAAUCGGCACCCUGAAAUUAGUCUAAAACAGCUGCAAAAGUCCAGGCCAGAAUUUUUUUUUGUUGACCAGUGUUAUCUAUCUAUUGUGGAUCUUAUAGCCAUUGUCUUCUGGGUGUUACCAUUUUAAUGCGCAUCCUUGACAGAGAGGCCUGUGCGUGAAGGGGAUGAUCAAAGUGAUCGUGGCCCAACAUGAGAAUGAGUGCUGCUGGCCACUUGUUCGGCGGCUGGAAAAAAAAUCCGGUGCUCUCAAGAAGCUCCCAGCAGGUGGAGGCGAAACGUCGGACAUGGGGGCCUUGACAGCGCGCGGUACGUCCCGGAAACGCGUGGGGGGGAUCUCUGUCCAGCACAGCCGUGAGAAUAUCCGCCCGUGCCGUUUCCUGGACGUGACCUGGGAGGUAACACGAGUUAGGGUUUGCCAGAAGUUGGCACCCAUGCCUGCUAAGUCCACAAAGAGUUUAUCUCUCCAAAAACUCAACACGAUGCUCAAUAACACUGCCAGAAAAAGUGGAAUCAAUGUUUUCGAUGAAAUUUCGGGCAAAGGCUCUUCUUCAUCUGCCAUGAAAAAAGGGACAUUGCCUGAAACAUCAAUUCAUUUCUACGCGGUGGCGGCGGCGGUGUUGACGAACUCGCGUUGAGUCGUGUUGUUGAUGUCGUUGAUUGUGUUUGUGCACCACUGCCAACGCGCGGCGGCUGCAUCGCAAAGACAGCAAAUGUUUAAUGCAUCCCCGUGCAUCGCAACCUGCAGUUGGGGCGUUUGUGCCUUUGUAUUUUAAGACGCUAUCAUAACUGCUAAGAUUUUAUUGUUGUCCCGUCCCAUCGGUCCGUGGUUGUAGCACUGUAGGCUAUUUUAUAUGGGGGUAUAUGAACGUGCAAAUGCGCGCUUUUACUUCGGGUUUUAUUGCUGAUUGUUGAAGGGAGGCGCGGG